UCAUCACUUGUCAACCGCAUAUCAUUCAAACCAACCGUACAACUGCACAUUAGCUUGUCACACAACUCAAAACAGGGUUGAUAUUAUAAAUAGUAACACCGAAAAGAAACGCAGCAAACAUUCUUAUACUGUGAAACCAACCAGGACACACCAUCAGUGCUUUAGACUCCAAACACGAUGGUUGUGUUUGAACCACUGGACGACCCUUUGAAGGUUCUGCCACUGCCUCUUAAACUUCUGGCACUGCUCGGAGUGAACAAGAACCCGUCCGAACGGUUCCGUCUGUACGCCAUAUACAUUUACUUGUGGGUGGCGAUGUUCAUACCGAAACUCUGCCUGGGAUACGAAACCAUUCCUCAAUGCUUCCGAAGCAUCGCCGAGGGUAUGUUUUCGUUUAACACUACCGUCACCUUCAUUAUGUUGCCCCUAAAGAUGGACAACUUCGAAGGCUUGCUUCAAAAUCUACAGCGUUUUACCCAAAUAGUUACAGUCGAAGAAGACUACAAACAAAUUCUAAUCAGCCUCAACACGACAAUACAUAAGUUCACCAAGUUUUACUUCAUCUUCACAAAUGGGGUCGUGUUUUCCAUUACCGGCAGCACGAUAGCAGGAAUGCUAUAUACCUACUACACGAAAGAUUCGAAAUAUUCCGCAGCAUUUCCGCUCGUAAUGGAAAACCGUUUCUACGUGCUGGAUUCGCAUUACAACCUUGGCCACUGUUUUGUACAUCAGGCUCUGAUGUUCUUUGCCCUCUACAUCCUGUUGGUAAUGUUCACCGCCAAGGCCGGUACGCUUUUCGGUUUGAUUCGCUUCUGUUCGACCGUGCUGGGAAUCAUUGUCCUCAAGAUCGAGCGACUGAACCAGAUCGGACCCGUUGACCAGUAUACUGCAGAGCUGAGUGAAAUUAUCGAACUUCACCAGCUGGUGAUCAAGUGUUCCCGCCAGCUGCAGAACAUUCUGAUGGAAAUCCUGUUGGCCCAAUUUACUGGCUGCGUGUUUAUAUGGUGCUUUAUGCUGUAUUAUGUUAUGAUAAGUGGAAUAACUGCUGAAGGUAUUGCCGUGGGAGCCAUGCUUAUCGCCUUAUCAACGGAAACGUUCAUCUUUUGCUUGUUGGGGAACGAGCUGACGUUGAAGGGUCUUGAAAUUAUUACGGCUAUGUAUUCCACCAAUUGGUACGAUCAACCGGUCAAGCUACAGAAGAUGGUUGUACCAAUAAUACAGCAAAGCCAACAGCGAAUCGGUAUAACUGCGGCCAAGUUUUACUACAUCGAUUACAACAGAUACGGACAAAGCCUGAAAACCGCCUACUCUUUCUAUCUUCUGCUGAAGGACAUUUUCUAGACAGCAAUUAAUUAUUCACUAGAGCUUUCAGUUGGAUAGAUCGAACACACAGCACCGCGGCACGAAUGAGAAACCACCGUUGGGCAUAUUACCAACCAAGCACAUAGCUCACAAGUAGAUUUUCGUAAUCAAUACUUUUGAUUACUCAUCAGCCAAUAUUUGAAUAUGCUUUUUGCUAUAUAACAAAUACGAUUGUAGCGUUUGAAUGCGAUCGAACGUUAAUAUGCACAUGUAGUUUAGUUCAAUGGCAUUGGGAAUCAUAACAACGAUAUCCUGCAUCAUAUACCAAUCAACGGACAAACGAUGAGGUUCUUCCUAAUCGAAAAGUCAUACGAUGUGUCACACCAUUCGUUGAAGCUCCUAGGACUGAUUGAAACGCGAGAUACGUACUCAUAUUUGUGCUCUUCUUACUGUCAAUCGCCGUACCGAAGAAUGUGCUUGGAUAUCCCAACUUUAAAACAUCGGUCAUGAGUUCAGCUGAUGUUUCAAACGAAUCAAUAUUUCGUCUAAUAAGCUUCACAAAAACAGUGAGUCUAUUUUCCUUGUUGAUAAAUAUAAUUUUUUUACUACCUAUUGUAUUUAAAGUUCCUAGCGAACCAUUUCCAGUUGCUCAAUAUUCAAGCAAGAUGAACGCCCACCAUCUAAGGCAGGCUAUACCAUACCGUUCAUCUAUUGCCAAUCAAUUUCUACAGCUGCUCUUACAACUCAACUCUCACAAGUACAUAACAUAUUUACCUCAAUUCCAUAUUGCUCGUGUCGCGUUUGUCUUGCACACAUUCAGACAGACAAGAUUACCUAUAGCUGUACGUAAAGACCUGCACCUUGCGAUCCUAUGUGUUCAACCAACCGGUAUACUGCCUCCUAAAAAAAAGCUUGUUGGUAAAUGUCAUAAUCCUCUUUUUUGCUAUAUAUCUUCUGAAAAGCUUUGAAACCUUUCUAAGAACCAGACCAUGACUUCCAUAAGUUGAAUGAUUGCUAUUGCUAUCCUGCAAGUCGUCAAGAAGACGUAUUCAUUUUUCGUUGUUAACAGACAGUUACCAUGCUGCAGCUAACUGUAAUUAAAUGGAAACUUUGUGCUAUUGGAACACUUGAAUUCUCAACAUUCUU